UAUAAUAAAUAAAACAUAAAAAGCAGAGAUAAGAGCAAGCAAAUAAAUCAACAAAAAUGAAAAACAUUGAGAAGCUCACCAUGCUACUCGUAAUGACUAUGCUGGCGAGGCCGGGGACUCCGAUGGUGAUAUCCCAGGGGAGUGACGCGGGACCGAGGAGGCCGAGCGUGCACUACAUCCUGUCCAAGCAAGGGAACUUCUUCGUGGCUCCCGGGAAGGCGCUGAAGGAGGAAGACGCGGCCUUCACGCUGCCCGCGAAGAAUGCAUGUCAGUGCAAGAGCAUGUGCUUCGUGACGCUCGAGUGCGUGGCCUGGUCUCUGGUCUCCCUGGACGACGGAACAGCCGAGUGCAGGAUAGCGGCCGCGGGACCCACCACCUACGAGGUCCUGGAGCACGCCAACGCCACCUACUAUUUCAAAGAAGAGUCCGUAAGAGGAGAGUAUUCGUUCAAGAAAGACAAUUUGCUCUACCUGACGCCCCCGUUCACCAGGACUUACGACGUGGCUAAGAGUUUCUGCUCCAGGAUCCCCGGCCACCGCCUUGGAGUCUAUAAAACGCUGCAACAACUGAGCAUCUUGGACCCUUAUCGUUACGCUCCAACUGUUCCGGACACGCUCUACAUUUCCGUGGAGAAAGGUCCCUCGGGCAUCGUGCUCGGAGACGGAACCCUCCUCGCAGACACAGCGUUAGGCCAGGCGGUGGAGAUCGUCACAGACAACGACGAUUCGCUCAACGUCUAUGUCUUCUAUCAAGGGAAGCUCAACGACGGAGACGGCAGCAGGAGCAGGUUCUUCAUGUGCCAGGCGAACCCGCUGGCCGUCGAGUGGUAGAGCGUAUUACAUGC